AUGCAAACCAACACGAGGAAACACAAGCAGCAGAGAACGAAAGGGUUGCCUAUCAUCGCCGUAUGUUGUUUGGAAAUCUGUUUUCCUUAUGUACUAUAUUAUGCAUCUUUGCUGUACGAUGAUCUAAAUUUAGGCCUACCGAGAACAUGCGCAGAACUGAAGGCACAUAACUCUACAGGGACCUAUCUCAUUGAUCCAGAUGGCCCGAAUGGAAACCUUUCUGAUCCAGUGGAAGUUGAAUGUCGAAAUGGCGUAACCGUCGUUUCUCACAACAUUCCUGGUGAACAGCAAGUUCCUCAAGGCUUUGAGGAUGAAGGUUCUUACAGACAAGAGGUGGAAUACACCCUACCCAUGGAUACCAUCAUUGCAAUACUGAUAAACUCCAAGAGCUGCAGGCAGUAUAUCAAAGCGUCCUGUUACGGUACCUACAUGAUAAGUGACACCAGAACCAAUAACAUUUACUGGGUCUCAAGACAAGGGAUCAAGAUGACAAACUGGGGAGAUGCACCAAGUGAUGUUACAGGGUGCCUUUGCGGUGUCGACAACAGUAUGUAUUGUUAUUUCAUUUUCUAGAUAA